UUCUGCUGCUUUAACUUCCUGCAAAGAGACCGUUGUUCAGACAGUUGCAAUAACAAAAUCCAAUCAACGACCUUUCUUUUCCUCUAUGAGUCACUCUACAAAAAGAGAACCAGCCAAGAAUUUGCUACCCGGAGAUUGCCUUUUCUACAACCCGCGCUUUUGCCGAUGCUCCAAAUGAGGGGCCAGAAUCUCUCCAACGGUGAGACUUUUCCAAGACCUUUCCCCUUCAAUGGAACUGAGAUGCCAGGAAGCCCAGGGAUGAACUGCUCGGAACCCGGAAGAGUUUUCCAACACACCUUUUAUGCUGCCACCUACACCAUCAUCUUCAUCCCAGGUCUCCUAACCAACAGCAUUGCUCUCUGGAUGCUCUGUCUCCUUAUCCGAAAGCAAAACAAAGCCAUCAUCUUCCUGCUGAAUCUGGCCACCGCAGACUUCAUUCAUGUCCUCUCCUUACCUCUGCGGAUUUAUUACUAUGUCAACUACAGGUGGCCCUUUGGACUCUUCCUCUGCCAGCUUUGCUUCUACCUGAAGUACCUGAACAUGUACGCCAGCAUUUGCUUCCUCACCUGCAUCAGCGUGCAGCGAUAUCUCUUCCUGCUCCAUCCCUUCAAGGCCAAAAACUGGAAGAAGCGCUACGAUGUCGCCAUCUCGGCCGCCGUCUGGUUGGUGGUUGGUGUAGCUUGCCUGACCUUCCCUUUGCUGAGAAACACCGGGAGUUCGGAAACUUGCUUCUCGGAUCUCAACAUUGAAAAGUUCCAGAACAAGGCGGCUCUGAUCGGGAUGCUGAUAGCGGCUGAACUGGUUGGGUUUUUGUUCCCUCUGGCCAUCAUCGGCUACUGCACUUCCAAAAUCAGGGCGUCCCUCCGGGAACACCAAAUGCCUUUACAAAACACUGGCGAAAAACAGAAGGCGCUACGGAUGGUGUCGAUGUGCGCCGUGGUGUUUUUUGUCUGCUUCGCCCCCUAUCACCUCAUGUUUUUCUUCUUCAUGUUGGUGAAGGAAGAUGUGGUGAAGGGCUGCGCUGUAAAACAAGGCAUCUUGUAUCUGCACCCCUUCUUCUUAAGCCUGGCCAGUUUCAAUUGCUGUUUGGACCCAUUCUUGUAUUUCUUUGUGACCUCGGAAUUCCACGAUCGGAUACCAAGCUACAGCAGCUGGUCCUUCCGAAGUCGUUUGUUAAGCAAGGAAAGCACCGCUUCGGUGAAGGGAUAAAUUAGCUGGAUUUCAGGCUGGACAGAGGAUUGGGGCAUCUAGAGGAGGGGCCCUAAGCUCUUGUCAUUUAAACUGUGUCGCCUGAUACCCUGUAGCACAGGGGCCCUCAAAUUUUUUAAAUGGGGCCAAUUUGCGGUCCCUCAGACUGCUGUGGGGCCGGACUGGCUGGGUGGGUGCGUGUGGCUAGGUGGUCAUGUGAUUAGGUGGGUGUGGCUAGGUGGUCAUGUGACCAGGUGGGCAUGGCCAAUUUAGCAGUCCAUUAAACAAUACUCACAAAUUAAACUUUAAUUUGCUUUGCUCCUAGGAGUGGAAAGCGUGUUAGUGAAGGGAUGUGGCUGCCUUGAGAGGGGGUCCAUCUCUCUCUCUCCUCCCCCUUUCCCUCUCUCCCUCUCUCCCCUCUCUCUGCAGGCUGGGGAGGCCCAGAGAGUAGGUGGGGUGAUGUGGGUAGGGCAGCCUUGUGGUCCCUUGGGGGCUGGAUUAAUGGCUUCAGUGGGCCGUGUCCGGCCCCUAGGCCAUAGUUUGAGGAUCCCUGUUGAGUGGGCUCACAUACCACAUCAGAGGAAAGUUGUCAGGCCUGCAAACCAU